AGAGAAGACAUUGCUAAAACUGGCAGCAUUGGAGAGAGAAACAUCUUAUAUAGACAACGUGACCUCUUCAAAAAUGGAUGAGGACCAGAGUCACAUGACCGAGAGGAUAAUAAAUCUCACCCUGGAGAUCAUUUACCUGCUGACCGGAGAGAGUUUUUCUCCGGUAAAGUCUGGUGACCAGGUGACCAUCACAGUUCCUCCACCUCAAUCCCUCACACCUGAGAAAAACAACAACAUGCAGAUCAUUGAAGUCACCAAGAAGAUGAUGGAGCUGCUGACAGGAGAGGUUCCUAUAAGGUGUCAGGAUGUCACUGUCUAUUUCUCCAUGGAGGAGUGGGAGUAUUUAGAAGGACACCAGGAUCUCUACAAGGACGUCAAGAUAGAGAACGAGGAGACGCUUAUAUCACCGGAUGCACCUGAUGUUUUGAAUACCUCAGAAAGUCGUCCUAUUUUACCCCUUGAAUGUAAAGUAGAAGAAGAAGACGACGUCCCUACACAAUUUUCUCCGGAUGUAAAACCCGUUUCUCCCAAUCUACAUCACAGCCAUUCCCAUACGGAAGAAUUACCAGACCCUUCGAAAACUGAGGAAUUGUCUAUUGAGGGGCACACCCUUGAGACAAACGUCCCUCCGGGUCCUCACGGCGUAGAAGGAUCUCCAGAGAUAUCGAAUCCCAAGCAAUCCCGGAAGCGUCCAUUUUCGUGUUCGGAAUGUGGGAAAGCUUUUAUGUGGAAAUCCGAUCUUCUUCACCAUCAACGCUACCACACCGGGUAUUAUCGCUUUUCGUGUUCGGAGUGCGGGAAACGCUUCAGUUCGAAAUCGCUUCUCCUCAGACAUCAACGUUCCCAUUCUGGAGAGCGGCCCUUUUCGUGUUCUCAGUGCGGCAAAUCUUUCAUAACCAAAUCGGAUUUGGUGACCCACGUGAAGGGUCACAUAGGCCUGAAACCUCAUGUGUGUUCGGAGUGCGGCCAGUCCUUUACCAACAAAGCUAACCUGACGAUACAUCUCCGGUGCCACACGGGCGAGAGACCCUUCUCCUGCUCGGCGUGCGGGAAAUGUUUCGCUCGGAGAGCCACCCUCAGGAUACACCAGAGGACACACAUGGAUAAAAUGCCAAACGCGCGAAAAUCUGAACUCGUGACGGACGCAGGCGAGCGAUUUUCCUGUGACGAGUGCGGAAAAAGCUUCAGGAGGAACUCGUGUCUUACUAAGCAUGUGCAGUGUCACAUUGGCCAAAAGUCAACGUUGUGUUCGGGGUGCGGGAAAUGUUUUGCAACUGAGUCCGAGCUCCACACACACCAAUGUGUUCACGAUGCGGAGGGGAUCUUUUCGUGCUCAGAGUGUGGGAAAUCGUUCGCAGACGUAUCGCAGCUGGUGGAGCACCAAAAACGUCAUUCCCAUAAAAAAACGUUUUCGUGUUCAGGGUGUGGGAAAUCCUUCCCGAAGAAAUGGAAACUUGCCAUUCACCAGAGAACCCACACCGGCGAAAAGCCCUUCCAGUGUCCCGAGUGCGGCGCCAGCUUUUCAGAAAAAGGAAGCCUUCGCGACCACCUGAAGCGCCACACCGGCGAGAAGCCGUUUUCCUGCCCAGAGUGCGGGAAAAGUUUCGCCCUAAAAAAAGACUUCCUUCAGCAUCUGAGAAUUCACAAAGAGGCACGCGCUUUCUCCUGUUCGGAGUGCGGAAAAUGUUUCGCCCUGGAAGAAGACUUGCUUCAACACCAGAGAAGUCACACGGAGGAAUCUUCUUUCUCCUGCUCGGAGUGCGGGAAAUGUUUCAAGGACAACAGCCGCCUUCUGAGUCACAUGAAAGAGUGCCCUAUUGUAUGUUCGGAGUGCGGGAAAUGUUUUUCACGGAAAGGAAACCUUAUAGCGCAUAAGAGAAUUCACGCUGGAGUGCGUCCGUAUUCCUGCGCGGAGUGUAAGAUAAGUUUCAGUCGGAAGGAGCACCUUGUUGCACAUCAGAGAAGGCACACGGGCGAGCUUCCUUAUUCCUGCUCAGAGUGCGGGAAAUCUUUUCGCAUAAAAGCAACUCUUAUGACGCACGAGAGAGUUCACACGGGCGAGCGCCCGUAUUCUUGUUCGGAGUGCGGGAAAUGUUUUAAUCAAAGAGGACAUCUUCUUAAACACCAGAAAGUUCAUACGGGGAAAAAGAUUCCCUUUUCGUGCCUAAACUGUGAGAAGUCGUUCAGCAAAAAAUCCGAACUUGAUCUUCACCAGAAAUAUCACGAUCUCUUUUUAUUUUAAUCCAGAAAAAAAAAGUCUUUAUUGUAACACAUUUCACAUACAGUCCAAAAAUCGGCAAUAGUCCUUAUUCAUUACAUACAGUCCACCAGCCAUAUGCAACAUAUGGGGCCAUGGAAGGACUUGCUAAAGUGUUUUUCGAUUGUGGGGUCUAAGUAAGCCCCACAAGGGCGAUAUACGUUGGGGGGUUCUUCCAAGGGUGGAGAGCCAAGCUAAAGCCAUUUCUUAUUAUUUACAUACCCAUGGAAGAACCUGCUAAAGCGUUUUGCCCUUGUGGGGCUUAAUCACCUAUGAUUAAGCUCCACAUUGGACGAAACAUGUUGAGGGGGCUCUUGCACAAAUAGAGAGUCGAGGUGAAGCCAUUUCUUAUUACAUCCAUGGGUAGAGACCCGAGCUGAAGCCAUUUAUUAUUAACUACAUACCUAUGGAAGAACCCGCUGAAGCAUUUUGCCCUUGUGGGGCUUAAUCACCUAUGAUUAAGCUCCACAAUGGGCAAAACAUGUUGGGGGGGGGGGGGGUUCUUCAAUUGGUGGAGAGCUGGACUGAACACCUAUAAUUAAGCCCCACAAGGGCAAAAUACGAUGAGUGAGGGGGGGUUUCUUCCAUGGUUGAAGAGCAAAGCUGAACCUGCUAAAGUGUUUCACCCUUGUGGGGCUUAAUCGCCUAUGAUAAAGGUCAACAUUGGGCAAAACACGUUGAGGGGGGGGCUCUUGCAAGAAUAGAGAGCCAAGGUGAAGCCAUUUCUUAUUACAUCCAUGGGCGGAGACCCGAGCUGAAGCCAUUUAUUAUUAACUACAUAACUAUGGAAGAAGCCAUUUCUUAUUAUUUACAUACCCAUGGAAGAACCUGCUAAAGCGUUUUGCCCUUGUGGGGCUUAAUCGCCUUUAAUUAAGCUCCACAUUGGGCAAAACAUGUUGGGGAGUUCUUGCAUGGGUGGAGAGCCGAGCUGAACACCUAUGAUUAAGCCCCACAAGGGCAAAACAUGCUGGGGGGUUCUUCCAUGGGUGAAAAGCCGAGAUGAACACCUAUGAUUAAGCUCCACAAGGACAAAACAUGCUGGGGGGGUUCUUCCAUGGGUGGAAAGCCGAGUUGAAAACACCCAUGAUUAAGCCCCACAAGGGCAAAACUUGCUGGGGGGUUCUUCCAUGGGUGCAAAGCCGAGUUGAAAACACCUAUGAUUAAGCCCCACAAGGGAAAAACACGCUGUUUUUUCCCCCAUGGUUGGAAAGCCAAGCUGAACCAGCUAAAGUGUUUCGCCCUUGUGGGGCUUACUUGCCUAUGAUUAAGCUCCACAUUGGUCGAAACACGUUGAUGGGAGAGCCGAGGUGAAGCAAUUUCUCAUUAAUUACAUCCAUGGGUGGAGACCCGAGCUGAAGCCAUUUAUUAUUAACUACAUACUCAUUGAACAUAUUUUGCUCUUGUGGGGGCUUAAUCCCCUGUGAUUGUACCCCACAUUCCGCAACACACAUUGGGGAGGUUUUUUGUACAAAUGAAGAGUCGAAAGUGAAGCCAUUUCUCAUUAAUUGCAUACUUGUGGUGUGCUGAGCUUUUGGGUGCCGAUGGGCACCAUUUUCUUGUGGUCUGGAUGAAGCUUGAAGAGACAAUAUUGGUCAAGACUGGACAAAUCUACAGUUAAGCCUGACAAGGGCGAAACAUAUUGGGGGGUUGUUCUUCCACAGGUGGCGAGCCAUGCUGAAGCUAUUUCUCAUUAAUUACGUACUGGUGGUGUGCUAAUAAAUAUGCAUAAAAAGUAUAAAUUUGAUUACGAAUAUCCAUAAAACCGAACAUUUAAAACACAA